UGUUGUUAAUUUCCGGGCUUCAUCAGUCGUUCAGGUGGCUAACGGGACUAGCCGCCUUUUACGAACGUAUGUUGUUGUUUAGCUUUCAUAGAUCUAAAGAACCGCGUUAGGGUCGCCGAACCACAUAUCUUUAUCUCCUCUCAGCAGAAUGAUCAUUAUACAUUAUUUUGAUAGUUAAACACGUUAAAUACCCAAUUAUUUAAACGGCACCAGGUUGCCAGCGGUCAGUGGAGCCCACCAACUCACUUUUAUUAAUGAGCAGUUACAGUAAAUAUAAACCCAUCUGUUAUUUACCAUGUAACGAUUUAAACCCCUCUGGGAAGCAGUCACAUGGAUAUCUGUCUCAUCUGCAUCAGGCUUCAGGAGGGUCCUGACUUCCAGCAUGAGAUGAUGCUCUAGCAGUCAAACUGAGCAUGAGUGGUGUUUGUGUGAAUAAUAAGUGACAAAUGUUCAACAUCUACAUGUGACUGAAUGUUUCCUGCAGAUGGAGCUGAAUACAGAAGAAGCUCCUGAGGAAUGGAGUCCUGGUGUGGACCAGCAGGACCCAGAGAGCCUCCAUGUAAAGGUAGAAGAGGAGGAGCUGUGGAGCAGUCAGGAGGAAGAUCAGCACAAUGGGAGGAUGGAGACUGAUGCUAACAGGAUUUCAUUCACUGCAGUUACCGUAAAGAGUGAGGAUGAGGAGAAACCUGUUUUCUCACGUCUUCAUCAACAGGAAGUGGAAGAAAGAGAUGUUCCAACCAGCAGCUCAGCUGAUCAGAUAAAAGUAGAAUCUGACUGCAGAGAAGCAGAAAUGAUCAGGAACCCGGACCUGAGUCCUCUUGAAGAUGAUUCCAACUCUUCAGAGACUGAAGUUAGUGAGGAUGAGGAUGCGAACAAUGGUGACUCUCAGCUGAAACAUUUAUCAGACUCUGGGUCAAAAACUGAAGACAGUGACAGUGAGUGUGAGGAGAGCAGGUCUCCUGAGUCGGGUGUAAACACUGUCAGCAAGUCCUUUAGCUGCUCCGAGUCUGGUAGACUGUUUAUUAACAACCAGGUCCUGCAGAGACGCACGGCGAGUCGUUCAGAAACAGGGUCCUCUAGUUUAGUGGAUAAUAAAAGUUUAAAUGUUAGUGAAAAUGUAGACGCAGACAGGGAAGUCCAGACAAGACAAAAGUUGUUUAGUUGUGACGACUGUGGUAAAAGUUUUACCAGAAAAACUAGUUUAAACACACACAUGAAGAUCCACAUAGGAGAAAAAUCUUUUGGUUGUGAUGUUUGUGGCCAAAGCUUUAGCCGCAAGACGAACUUAAACACACACAUGAGAGUCCACACAGGUCAGAGGCCAUUUGUUUGUGAUCUGUGUGGACACAGAUUUACCCAGAAGAUAAACUUAAACAGACACACAAGAAUCCACACAGGAGAAAAGCCGUUUGGUUGUGAUGUUUGUGGACAAAGAUUUAGUCAGAAGAAGCUUUUGAACUCGCACAUGAUCAUCCACACAGGACAGAAACCGAUUGGUUGUAAUGUGUGUGACCAAAGAUUUAACUCUAAAACAAGUCUAAACAGACACAUGAGAAUCCACACUGGUGAAAAACCAUUUGUAUGCAGUUUUUGUGAACAAAGCUUUCGACAAAAGUCAAAUUUAAACUCUCAUUUAAGAGUCCACACAGGAGAGAAAUUAUUUGUGUGCGAUGUUUGCGGACAAAGUUUUAGUCAAAAGGCAUCUUUAAACUCGCACAUAAGAAUCCACACGGGACAGAAACCUUUUAUUUGUGAUAUUUGUGGGAAAGGAUUUGGCCAUAAGAUCACCUUAAACAGACACACAAGGAUCCACACCGGACACAAACCCUUUAUUUGUGGUGUUUGUGGAAAAACAUUUACCCAUAAUACAACCUUAAAACGACACAUGGAAACCCAUGCAGGAAGGAAUUCCUUCUCACUGAAUAUUAAUGUCCACUUAUCUUCUAAAACGAUCUUUCCUCAGUAGGAUAACCGAAGCUGGUGUCUAACUCCAUCUGUCACCAGGUGAGAGGCGGGGGUAUGGUGGCCCUGAAGUGCCAACCACAUCAACAAAUCACUAAACACAACUACAAAUUAAAAAAACAAAACUAUAUAAAAAAACACAACUGCAAAAAAAAAUUAAAAAUCAAAAACACAAUUUGUGUUUUUCUAUUUGUUGUAGUGUUUUGUAAUUUUUUAUUGUGUUAAGUGAUUUGCUGAAUUGGUUUGCACUUCAUGUCCACCGUACUUUGGACAGGUCUAAAGUUCACCACAGGGACGCAGAGACAAACAACCAGUCACUCACAUCUAGGGACAAUUUAGUGUCCGGUUAACCCAACAUGCAUGUUUUUGGUCUGCAGGAGGAAUAAUAUUUACCAUAACUUCUAAAAAUACUAGAGCUCACUAAGAUUUGAACGUUGCAGGUAUGUUAAAUAUUAUGUUGCGUUUCUGUGACCUGCGUCCAACCCAACCAGCCAUGUGAGGACCUGAGUCCUCUGUGGUAACCACCUCCCGUAUGCUGGAGCACCUCGAGCAGACCUCAUACCCGGGCUCUUUUUUCCAGGGGAGGGCUUCACUGGACACUAUUUGUCACUGAUACACUCCAAAAAUGACAUUGAUUCAGUAGUUAACCUGAUUUAUGUAGUAAAAAACAAUGAUACGGGUGCAGCAAACACACAAUUCUGGACCUCUGAACCCACCCUCCCCACCCCCGGUUGUCAGUAAAAUAGCUCAGAACCUCCCCAUACGUCAUUGUUUGUACCCUAAGCUAGGCCUGGCCCACUUAGUGGGCUGGCUUCUUGUCGUUGGGUCAGUUUUGGAUGCAUAAAGUCUGAUUUAUAGUUCUCCCGUCAGCUCGAAUGCAGAGUUGCGCACACGCGUUAACAGAGACGUUUUCCCUUAGGACUUCUGCAUUGCCUGGGGAAAUUCCAUGCCAGGACAACAGAGGGCGUAGCGCUUUGCUGGAGGUUUCCUGUCGCCAUUGCAGUCACGUCUCCAGUCCACGAUAGUGUGUUUGCUGUUGUGUUUACUGUACUUUGUGUUUGUGUGUUUCAGAGACUUUUUAACAGACACAUCAUGCGGUCUCCACCUCCAAACCUAAAUUUUCUGUAAUUUCCUUUUGGAAUAAAAUGUUUGCUGCAUAUUUUAUUUAUUUUAAUUUUUUAAUAGGGACAGUGCAUAUUAAUGAACUUCAACAACAAAUUAUAUCAGUAAAUAUGCCAGAUUGUAGCACCAGUGCUAAUGUCCAUCUGCAGGUGAUAAAAGCAGUAGAAGAAAGUGAAGUAUUACAUUUAAAACCAGGAAACAGAAAGAAAACACACAACUUGUCACUACUGAUGGAUACAGGUUUGGCUUUCCUUCAGCAAGUGUUUAAGUAGGAAUUUGGAGGAACUGUAUGACUAAGUCUCUUAUGCUGAGUGGUAAUUUGUUCCAAUAUUUAGUCCCGUUAACGGGUGGUGUGGGCGUUCCAAAAGCAGUGCGCCUGUAAGGCACCUCAUAGUCUCCUCUUAACUGCGGCCCUGGUGGACAUUCCACUUGGAGACCAUGAUCUAAGAAGUCUAUAUUUAUCUAAAACAAAGCAGUGGUGGAAACUAAAAGCCUUAUGGAGGAUUUUUAUGGCUUUUUUAAAAGAGCUUCUAUGGGUCUGAGUGUUGCACCAGCAGCAUGUGACCCGGAAGUUACACUGUCCCAUGUGAGACGACAUCAUAGAAUGUAAAAACAACUUAGCAGCAUGGAGGGACGAAACAGGUCUGACUGUUUAAAACUUUGCACAUUAAAUGUGUUUUUUUGUUCUCAUUUAUGUGAUUUUUAAAGUUAAUGUUGGGCCCGGAGUUACCCAAAGAUACUUGAAUUCUUGGACAAUGUAAAGUUUUACCCCUUCAGUAAAGAUGUUUGAUAUUUUUUAGUUCAGUUGUUUCUUGGUGAAAAGCAUGCUAACUGUUUUCUUGUACAUAGGCUAUGGUUGCUGUCAACAACGAGCUUGGAGAUCAUUGGACCCGUAUCUUUGUGCUCCUUCAGUCACGGGUGUGUUAACGUUUGUCAUCAGACUUUUUCCGAGAGACAUUCUCCGAUCUGCCCGUGUUUGCUGCUAGAUAUGUUCAGCACUCGUAUUAUUUUGUGAGGGGGGGAACGGCGGUGCUGUUGACAAAUAAAAUGGAAGUGGUAUCCUGACCAACCACAGGCUUGCAGUGUCACAGUUAAAAUAGGGCCAGGACUCCGCCUCCCUCUGUGGGCCUGUUGGAGAGCUCCUGCGCCGAUGCAUCAUGAUGUUGCGUGUCUCUACUACCGCACGCACACACACAAGUAUAAAUCAGGCUGAAGACUGGCUGUAUCCAUCUCCACUGGGUGUUUGUGCCUAACCUGAUGUGAGUGAAUGAACAGGUAAGACAGGCCUCCUGACUCCCAGUUGGAUCUUCAUUAGUCACAUUAUGAAAGACGAUCUUGGUCCUCUGCAGCAGCUGGGUGGAUUUUCCACACCCAUCCUGGUCCAUUUGCAGCUGCAGCUUCCUCCAAGUUAGCCUGGUUUAUUCCACUUGGUGUCGUUUUAUUCAUCUCCUCCUUUACGGCCGAAGAUGCAGCUCAGUCCUUUCUGGGAUCAAACCCACCUUUCACAACACUCUGGGUAUUUCUCCUUCCUGCCUAAAGGAAAACAUAUAACUUCCUUUUUAAGUGAAAGAAAGAUGGACAAGAAAGUGGAAUUAAAAAUCACAAACUUUUAUUACCAAAGUUUAAUGAACACUGUGAUAGAAAUUCAUAGAAAAAGUUAUUAAUUCAUGAACAAAUGUCAAAAACAGCAGCUGUUUUCUCAUCUGUAGCUUAAACGGACACAAGGCUCUUCUCCGCCGUGGCUGUCCCAUCCCCUAGCAGCUUUGUAGAUGAACGCAGAAAAGAGGAGCUGGGAAUUGAUUUCAGUCUCUUUAUGAAACAGGUGACAGGAGACAGCCUUCGUGUUACUUUUAGUAAGAAACAUCUGGUUUUCCAGUCAACAAAAACCAAACCAAAAGCUGUUCCCUUCAGCGUCUCCGUGUGGAAACAAGGUCUGGCGGAGCCGAGCGCCGUGCUGGCAUCUUCACACAAUUAAAUAUCCAAAAUCAGUCUGACUGGGUACAAAAUACAACCUGCAUCCCCCUGCACGAGUCCGAAAGGCGGGUUUGUCACAUAAAGCUCUCCUCUGAGACAAAAUAAAGGCGACAUUUAAAAAAGAAAUAAACAGAACUUACAUUUUAUACAGUCGAGUUUCAGUCCAACAAGUAGAAAAAGCUGAAUCUUCAUCAAGUAAUGCUGCAGCGUGUUUCACUUCCUGUGUAUCUUAUACAGUGCAGAGCAGAUUAGGUGUGUGAGUGAGUGUGUGUGUGUGUGUAUAAUUUCAACCUCCUGCGACCCACAUGUCAUUUUUUUAAAUUUCAGAUUAGUUGAACCUCAACCUGAAAUGUUUUUAUUAAUUAAAUGUUACUACAUUUCCUAAAAAAAAAAAAAAAAAAAAAAAAGCAUUUAAAAAAUAAGAAUCUGGUGUCUCUAAAUAAUAGAACCGGUUUCAGUUGAAAAGAAAAAAUAUUUAUCGUUUGAAUGUGCUGGGUCUCAGGAGGUUAAGGUCCUGGCAGGGAGAAGUAAAUAAAAAACAACUUCACCUAAGUUUUUAUUAUUUCUUUUAAAAAAAAAAAGGUCACCUCUACUUAAAAUGACCCAUCUCAGUCUACAGUAUAUACAGAUUCUGAUAAUAAACCAUGCAUAUAGUCACUCAAACAGGUAUAAUAAAUAUUUUUGGUAGAAAUGUAAAAAUGUGCUAAAACUGAUCCUGGUCCUUCUCGGGUCUAAAAAUCAAUCUGAGAUGAGUAAAGCCAGACAAUAACACAAAAAGAGUCGGCAAACUGAAGAGAAGACUAAUAAAUAUUUAAUCUGUUCAUGUUAGUUUGUAUUUAACUGGUCAGAACCAAACCAUCGGUGAUUAGAAAGCUAAACCUUUAGUUUGGUCCUACUUUUAUGUUUAACAUGACUGUAGAAAAGGCUUUAGAAGAAAUUAUUUAUUCUGCUGCUAAGCUGCAAUCAAACAGAUCUGACUGGACUAAAAGGUUCACUCUAACACCAGAAACAUCUAAAAUAAGAGAUGGAUCCCAAAGCCUCCUAAUGGACUUUCUGUAGUCGUGUAGAUGGCCGUAGCUAACUUUCUGUAGUCGUGUAGACGGUUGUAGCUAACUUUCUGUAGUCUUGUAGAUAGGCGUAGCUAACUUUCUCUUGUCUUGUAGAUGGGCAUAGCUAACUUGCUGUAGUCUUGUAGACAGGUGUAGCUAACUUUCUGUAGUCGUGUAGACGGUUGUAGCUAACUUUCGAUAGUCGUGUGGAUGGCCGUAGCUAACUUUCUGUAGUCGUAUAGACAGGCAUAGCUAACUUUCUGUAGUCUUGUAGAUGGGUGUAGCUAACUUUCUGUAGUCGUAUAGAUGUGCGUAUCUGACUUUCUGUAGUCUUGUAGACGGGUGUAGCUAACUUUCUGUAGUCGUAUAGAUAUGCGUAUCUGACUUUCUGUAGUCUUGUAGACGGGUGUAGCUAACUUGCUGUAGUCUUGUAGAUGGGUGUAGCUAACUUUCUGUAGUCGUAUAGACAGGUGAAGCUAACUUUCUGUAGUCUUGUAGACAGGUGUAGCUAAUUUUCUGUAGUCUUGUAGAUGGGUGUAGCUAGCUUUCUGUAGUCGUAUAGACUGGCGUAGCUAACUUUCUGUAGUCUUGUAGACGGGUGUAGCUAGAUUUCUGUAGUCUUGUAGAUGGGUGUAGCUAAAUUUCUGUAGUCGUGUAGAUGGUUGUAGCUAACUUUCUGUAGUCGUAUACACGGGCGUAGCGUACUUUCUGUAGUCUUGUAGACAGGCGUAGCUAACUUUCUGUAGUCGUGUAGACGAGUGUAUCUAACUUUCUGUAGUCUUGUAGACAGGUGUAUCUAACUUCCUGUAGUUGUGUAAACGAGUGUAUCCAACUUUCUGUAGUCGUGUAGACGAGUGUAUCUAACUUUCUGUAGUCGUGUAGACGGGUCUAGCAAACUUUCUGUGGUCGUGUAGACGGGUCUAGCUAACUUUCUGUAGUCGUGUAGACAGGCGUAGCUAACUUUCUGUAGUCGUGUAGACAGGCGUAGCUAACUUUCUGUAGUCAUGUAGACGAUUGUAUCUAACUUUGUGUAGUCGUGUAGAUGGGUCUCGCUAACUUUCUGUAGUCUUGUAGAUGGGUGUAGCUAACUUCCUGUAGUCGUGCAGACAGGUGUUGCUAACUUUCUGUAGUUGUGUAGACGGGUGUAGCUAACUUUCUGUAGUCGUGUAGUCGAGUGUAUCCAACUUUCUGUAGUCGUGUAGACGGGUGUAGCUAACUUUCUGUAGUCGUGUAGACGGGUGUAGCUAACUUUCUGUAGUCAUGUAGACGGGCGUAGGUAAUUUGCUGUAGUCUUGUUGACGGUUGUAGCUAACUUUCUCUAGUCGUGUAGACAGGUGUAGCUAACUUUCUGUAGUCGUGUAGAUGGGUGUAGCUAACUUUCUGUAGUCGUGUAGACGGGCGUAGGUAAUUUGCUGUAGUCUUGUAGACGGGUCCAGCUAACUUUCUGUAGUCUAUUAGACGGGCGUAUCUAACCUUCUGUAGUUGUGUUGAUGGGCGUAGCUUACAUUCUGUAGUCAUGUAGACGGGUCUAGCUAACUUUCUGUAGUUGUGUAGAUGGGUGUAGCUAACUUUCCGUAGUCUUGUAGAAGGGCGUAGCCAACUUUCCGUAGUCUUGUAGACGGGCGUACACUCGUCUACACGACUAUAGAAAGUUAGAUACACCCAUCUACAAGACUAUGGGUGUAUCUAACUUUCUAUAGUUGUGUAGAUGAGUGUAUCUAACCUUUUGUAGUUGUGUUGAUAGGCGUAGCUUACAUUCUGUAGUCGUGUAGACGGAUCUAGCUAACUUUCUGUAGACGUGUAGACGAGAGUAUCUAACUUUCUGUAGUCGUGUAGACGGGUCUAGCUAACUUUCUGUAGUCAUGUAGACGAGUGUAUUUAACUUUCUGUAGUCGUGUACAAGGGUCUAGCUAACUUUCUGUAGUCGUGUAGACGGGUCUGGCUAACUUUCUGUAUUCAUGUAGACGAGUGUAUCUAACUGUCUGUAGUCGUAUAAGCGGGCGUAGCUAGCUUUCUGUAGUCAUGUAGACGGGUGUAGCUAACUUUCUAUAGUCUUGUAGACGGGUGUAUCUAAAUUUCUGUAGUCUUGUAGAUGGGUGUAGCUAACUUCCUGUAGUCGUGCAGACAGGUGUUGCUAACUUUCUGUAGUUGUGUAGAUGGGUGUAGCUAACUUUCUGUAGUCGUGUAGUCGAGUGUAUCCAACUUUCUGUAGUCGUGUAGACGGGUGUAGCUAACUUUCUGUAGUCGUGUAGACGGGUGUAGCUAACUUUCUGUAGUCAUGUAGACGGGCGUAGGUAAUUUGCUGUAGUCUUGUUGACGGUUGUAGCUAACUUUCUCUAGUCGUGUAGACAGGUGUAGCUAACUUUCUGUAGUCGUGUAGAUGGGUGUAGCUAACUUUCUGUAGUCGUGUAGACGGGCGUAGGUAAUUUGCUGUAGUCUUGUAGACGGGUCCAGCUAACUUUCUGUAGUCUAUUAGACGGGCGUAUCUAACCUUCUGUAGUUGUGUUGAUGGGCGUAGCUUACAUUCUGUAGUCAUGUAGACGGGUCUAGCUAACUUUCUGUAGUUGUGUAGAUGGGUGUAGCUAACUUUCCGUAGUCUUGUAGAAGGGCGUAGCCAACUUUCCGUAGUCUUGUAGACGGGCGUACACUCGUCUACACGACUAUAGAAAGUUAGAUACACCCAUCUACAAGACUAUGGGUGUAUCUAACUUUUUAUAGUUGUGUAGAUGAGUGUAUCUAACCUUUUGUAGUUGUGUUGAUAGGCGUAGCUUACAUUCUGUAGUCGUGUAGACGGAUCUAGCUAACUUUCUGUAGACGUGUAGACGAGAGUAUCUAACUUUCUGUAGUCGUGUAGACGGGUCUAGCUAACUUUCUGUAGUCAUGUAGACGAGUGUAUUUAACUUUCUGUAGUCGUGUACAAGGGUCUAGCUAACUUUCUGUAGUCGUGUAGACGGGUGUGGCUAACUUUCUGUAUUCAUGUAGACGAGUGUAUCUAACUGUCUGUAGUCGUAUAAGCGGGCGUAGCUAGCUUUCUGUAGUCGUGUAGACGAGUGUA